GGAAUAAGAAAAUGGCGUCAACAAGUAAGGACACAUCACCUGACAGGUUAGUCAAUGAGAAAAGACACAAAAAUGAAAAGUCAGUGAAAAAGAAAAAGGAGAAAAAACUUUUACUUUCAGAUGUAAUGUGUCCGAUCUGUUUAUCAAUUCUUAUUGAACCGGUUACUAUGCCAUGUAAACAUGAACUUUGUAUGCCAUGUUUUAAACAGAAUGUUCAGGAGGCAAAUUUUACGUGUCCAAUGUGCAGAAUAAGGAUUUCAACUUGGGCGAGAAGAGCAACUAGAGAAAAUAAACUAAUAGAUACGAAACGAUGGAAAUUGAUCAAAAAAUAUUUUCCAGAGAAAAUUCGUAUGCGUCAAGAGGGCAUUGAAGAUGAUAACUUGUCAGAAGAGUUUCCUCUUGAGACUAUACACAUCAGUAAACCUGGUGAGAUAAGGAGAGAAUAUGAACUACAGAUGAAAAAACUGUUAGAAGAGAAAGCUAAAGAGAGAGAGGAGGAAGCUAAAGCCAGUGAGAAAUUGAUUCAAGAGAUUGAGCACGAGGAGAAAGAAGUUGCUAUUCAGAUCCAAAAGGAAAAAGAAGAAAUUGCUGCAAGGGAUGAAUUAUUAGUCAAGGAAUUAUACAAUAAAAUAAAAGAGCAAGAUGAACUGGAUAACACAGUUUUUGUAGAGAAAUUUCUUCAGGAGAUAUCUGAGCAGCUGCCUCAGAUAGCCUGUUCAGGAGAUCCAGGAAGAAAAACUGUUCCUGCAGUCAAUACCUCAGUGUCCCUACCUUCAUUUAAAAGAUCCAGGCAGGGUGCUCAUAGUGUUAGCACAGUUUUGGGUACCAGCUCUGACUGUUUGUCAGAUAGGCCUAAAUCUACAUCAUCGUUGGGCACAUCUCGUAGAAGCAGUCCCAAGUCUGAUACCAACAGCUGGGAGAGUUAUGACAGCAUCAAACCAGAGAUGACCCACUUCAGACCCAUCAAGAUUGCCCCUCGUACUCCUCCUAAGAGGCUUCCCAGUGGAAAAUUAGAGGAACCUAAACUAGUUCGAACUAAAGCACGAAAGUUAGACUUUGGGAGGUGCAGUGGAGACAACCAAUUUGGCUCAAGUUUUAUGAAGCUUGAAAGUAUUGAUGAGGAACACCCUAAAAAGUAUAGCCCAAAGUUAUUAGAAAGUAUAAAGGAAAAAGCCAAAUCUUCAAAUGACUUCAAUUUGAUAUCUUCACCCACUAGAACAUCAUUUGCCAGUUUUCAGUCCAAAUGCACUUCUGAUAAAUUAGCUGUACCUGGUCCUUCUGGACUUUGCAAAGCCAAAAUUUGUACUCCAAAUUAUGAAAGAGUAAAUAUAUCAUGUGCUGGAAAGAAAAACAAAUCAGAAGCUGCUUGCUCUAAAAAAAAAGUAAAAAAUCAUCCCCCAUUUCAGAUAAGUUCAUCAACACCAAUCUCCACAAAAACACUAGACUAUAGAAAUAGCUUCAUACCUUGUGUUUUAACAUCUCCUCAUGAAGAAAAUUGUAAUUACUAUUCACCCCUAAUUCAAAAUGAACAGAAUUCAAAGCAAUGCAUCAUUAAAACUACACGUAUGCAUCUUAAUAAUACAAAUACAAACAUCCAGUUAAGCCCUGGUAGAGUGUACAAAAUGAAAAAAAAGUUCUCAUCAAAAUCCAGCAAUAACAAAAGCUCUAAGGAUAGUGCAAGCCAUUCUGAACAGAAAGUAGAUAGUAUAUCUAAAACAUGUUAUGACGAGCUUUUUGCCAGUGAAACUGAUGAUGAAAUAAAGUUACGGAAGAGAAAAUAUGCCAAUACUCAAUAUGAUAUCUUAAGUAUAAUCUCGGAAACUACUGACUCAGAACAAGAGAAUUCAGAAACAGAGAAGACUCAUUCAAAGAAAAAAUGUAUUGGUAAAGCAAAUGGCGAAAACUGCUUUCCAAGAACAGAUGUGUCUAAUGGUACACUUAAAAGCAAGCAAAGUUCAGAAUGUCAAAAAUUAUCAGAUACAAAGAGAAGAUUAAAAACUUUGAGAAGCCACAGGCACAGUUACAAUGCAAUAAAGACUACCAGCCAUCAACAUUUAUGGCAGCAAGCAUCACAAGACAGUCAAAUAAGCACAGAUAGUAACAUUAGUGAGACUAAUGAAUAUAACCAAGAAGAAAAAGAUCGCAUACUUGCUAUGAAGCUUCAAGAAAUGUUUGACCAAGAAUAUCAGAUGGAUGAAAAUAUUUUUGAAAGACAGUACUACUUGAGAGACAGAUCUAAUGGACAUGUUGCCUCCAAUAAAAAGAUAUUGUUUCAUCAAAGUUGCCGAACAAUUAAUCCAUGGUCAACAUGUCUUAUUUCUGAGGGAAUGGCACGAUGGAUUAAAAUGCCCUUCUAUGUGUAAGCGGUCAGGGUGCUGUCAAUUUGUGUAGACCUCCAACACCAUUGGCUGAGAUGCAGCCAAAGCUUGUAUUGGUACCCCAACAGACUUCACUGUAAGUGAUGUAUGUUGGAAAUGAUACCAUCUCUUCUGUCAUUAAAUAAAUUAUCGUUAGUUGUUGCUAAAAAACAGCAACAAAAGGAUUUCAAUUUAUUUGUAAAAAACACCCUCCUAGCUUUGCUUAUCCCAUUUUUAUGGAAUCUGAUGCUCAUUUCAACCCUUUGGUUUGUUUAUCUUUCUUAAGCAAAUUAUGUUAAAGUGUAUCCUACUGUUCUGGAAGUACAAUUCACAUCAUUACUUACAGCUACUAAAUUGACAUGUAUUACAUAAAGAACACAUCCGAAGUUACGUGAUACCAGUUUUGAAGAGUUUGAGAUUUCUACCUUGAUUGCAUCUAUUAGCAACAGUACUGUAUUAUUUUUUCAAAUAAUGCAAGGUCUUUCAACUUAAGUGAUUAGUGUCAUGACUUAUGAAAAUAAUCGACAAACCAUAAUUAGUUUUUGAUUAUUCCAACCAUCCAAGUCUCAUCUGAGAAUGUGGCAAGGUGUAAGAGGAUCGUUCUUAUACUUAGAGUCUGCACCAGCCAUGUUGAGAGUGAUGUAUGUGUUCUUGGUCCAUCCUCGAGAUCAAUAGGUUGAUAGACACAUUUCCGACCAAUCCUAAUGCAAUCUUAAGUGGUUACACCCUCACAUGCAGGAACAUAGGGUAAUAGAUAAGGGUUAAAGGUGGCAGUGAGUAGAGCUGGGAGAUUAACUAAAAUAAUAAAUUACUCGCAAGCAUUGCUUACUUCGAUUAGUGUAACGUAAA